AGUCAAGUGUCAACUGACGUCUGUCAAUCAAAAUCAAGCAUAACCUCACAAUAUUUACAAAAUUAAUGUUUAUAUUGUUUCCACAAAAAUGUCCAAGAUAUCUUCAUUAAUUAACUUUAUAGCUAAACGUAAUAUUUCCUUGACAACGCCAUGCGAAGGGAAGCGUAACUUCAGAAAAUUUGUGCUCGCCAACAAAAGAGGGUCCCGUAUACACAAGCAGCAACAAAUGUCUCCUAACCGAGAACUAGAGGUAGACAAGCGAGGUGUACGUGAUGUAGGAUAUUAUUUAAACGGUCGCUUUGUCCAAGUUCCAGAAAUGAUCCCCGAACUAAUCGUUCCAGAUUUAAAAGAUUGCGAUUUAAAUCCAUACGUUUCUUACAAAGCAGAGGAUGUCAUUCAAAGUGAAUUCACAGCUCAGCAGCUAUUUGACGCGGUAUACAGUAAAAAAAUCGUCACAGACUUUAAGCAAGGUAAACUAGAUGCAGAAGGUUUACCUCUAGAGCCUUCGGAUGAAGAGAAAUUACAACCUGAUGAAGCAAUUAAAAGGGCAAAGCGAACAGGCUCUGAUAUAUUUUAAAUUUGUGUAUUAUGGAAUAGUUUUAGAUUAGUUCAUAGUUAAGUAUGUAACUAUUUUGUUGUUGUAUUAAACUUUUAAAAAUUG